AUGCCCAGUAAACAGUUUUGCGUUACCAGUAAAGAUGGUGGGCAGAGGGAGAGAUCGGUGAGAGAGAUAUCAAACAAACGAGUUUUCAUUUGUGUAUUAGUAAAGAGAGAGAGAGCGAUCCAUCACUAUGGAGCCCAAACGGAGAAGGAGGACCUUCGAGUUCGGCGAUUUCCGUCCGGUAAACAGUUUUCCGUUACCGGAUUUCAAACGUUCUGGGACGAUGAAAUCGAGAGAGGAGAGAAUUUCGAGUCAGAACUACGAAAAGCAAUUGAGCAGUCAAGUAUUUCGAUAAUUGUCUUCUCAAAGAACUAUGCUUCUUCAAGAUGGUGUCUGGAAGAACUUGUUAAGAUCCUACAAUGCAAGAGGAUCAACUCCGGGAGGACAAUUUUGCCGGUAUUCUACUACGUGUAUCCAUCCCAAGUAAGGAACCAAACAGGGAGUUUUGCAGAAGCAUUUGCUAAACAUGAAGAGAAGCUCAGGAUGGAAACUGAUGAAAGGAAAAAGGAGUAUUGGAUGGAAAAGAUGAAAGGGUGGAGGGAAGCACUUGGAGAAGUUGCAAAUUCAGCUGGGAUGACUGUCGAGGCAUGUUUCAUUGAUGUUUUUUUUCCCCUUUACUCUUCGAUCACAUUUUGUAGGUAUGAGUCAAAGUUUAUCCACAAUAUUGUCAAAGAGAUUGAGAAUAAACUGAAUGACGCAGUCUUGAGUCUUGCCAUGUACCCAAUUGGAUUAGGUUCAAGAGUCGGAAGAAUUAAUUUAUGGUUACAAGAUGGGUCAAGUGAUGUUGGCAUAAUGGUGAUCUUUGGGAUGGGGGGCAUAGGGAAAACAACUAUUGCACGAAAAGUUUAUAAUCUAAACUUUGAGAGAUUUGAAGGUAGAGGCUUUCUGGAAAAUAUAAGAAUAACUUUGGAGCAAUCAAAUGGUUUGCUUCAUUUACAAAAACAGCUUCUCUCAGAUAUUUCAAAGAGGAAAAUGGGAAAAAUAUAUAGUGUUGAUGAAGGGACAAACAAGAUUAAACGAGCUACGCACCGUAAAAGAGUUCUUCUUGUCCUUGAUGAUGUUGACAAAUCUGAGCAUUCAAAUGCAAUACUUGCAAUAAGAACUUGGCUCUAUCCGGGAAGUAAAAUCAUCAUAACAACUCGACACGAGAAUUUGCUAGAGGCUCAUCAAGAUUGUGAGAUGUAUAGAGUUGAGGAAUUGAGUGAUAAAGAAUCUCUUGAGCUCUUUUGCUGGCAUGCCUUUGGAAAAGACCACCCAACAAAAGGUUUCAUGGAGCAUUCAAGAAGUGUUGUGCUUCAAAGUGGAGGGCUUCCAUUAGCACUUCAAGUUCUAGGUUCUUCUUUAUCUGGCAAAGGAAUAGAUGUAUGGGAAAUUGCGUUAGAGAAAUUAGAAGCAAUUCCUGAUGGUCAAAUCCUAGAAGUACUUAAAAUAAGCUACGAUUCUCUACAAGAUGAUCAUGACAAAAAUUUAUUCCUUGAUAUUGCUUGUUUCUUUGUAGGAAAGGACAAAGAUCACACUGUUGAAAUACUUGAUCAAUGUGGUUUCUACACAACAGUUGGAAUUCAAAAUCUCAUAGAUAGAUGUCUACUAAAAAUUAAUAAAUUCAACAAGCUGGUGAUGCAUCAGUUAAUUCGAGACAUGGGAAGGGAAAUCAUUCGCCAAGAAUCCCCAAAGGAACUUGGUAAAAGCAGCAGACUUUUGCAUCAUAAGGAUGUCUUUGAUGUAUUGAGAGAAAAAACUGGUAGAGAAACAAUUGAGGGCCUCUAUCCUAAAUAAUGUCUUAACAGAAUCAUUUUCCAAAUCAUAUAAAAUAGAAUUGAAAACUGAUGCAUUUUCAAGGAUGCACAGAAUGAGGCUUCUCCAUCUCAACUAAGUACAGCUUAAAGGAACCUAUGAAGAGUUUCCUAAGAAGUUACGAUGACUGUGUUGGCAUGGAUUUCCUCUAAAAUGCAUUCCUAUUAAUUUCCAUCUGGAGAAUCUAGUUGCUCUUGAUAUGCGCAACAGUAGCUUGGAACAAGUCUGGAAGGGAAUCAAGUUUCUUGGAUCAUUGAAAAGCCUAAAUCUGAGUCAUUCUUGUGGGCUUACAAGAACUCCCAACUUCUCCAGACUCCCUAGCCUUAAGAGGUUAAUUCUUAAAUCUUGCCUUAGUUUGGUCGAGUUUCAUGAAUCCAUUGGAGACCUGAAGAUGCUUCUUCUUUUCAAUCUGAAAGGCUGCAAAAGUCUUCAGAAGCUUCCAAGUGAAAUUACUAUGCUGAAGUCUCUGAAAAAAUUAAUUCUCUCUGAUUGCUCAAACCUUGAGGGGAUGCCAAAUAAUCUGAAAGAAAUGGAAUCACUUACGGUGCUCCAUGCAGAUGGCACAACUUUAAAUCAUUUACCUUCCAUCCCUAAUAAUUUAAGUAAUUUCAGCUUCCCAACAGCUAAAUCUUUGCAUUCACUCUUCUUGUCUUGGCUAUUAGCCAAAAAACAACCAGUAUCCACCAGUUUCUUUUCGUUGGCUUCUUUACCAUGCUCCUUGGUAAGCUUAAAUCUUGCGAACUGCAAUCUAUCAGACGACGCCAUUCCAAGAGAUCUUAGUAACCUAUCCUCAUUGCAGUAUUUGUCUUUGAGUGGAAAUCCAAUUUCUAGCCUACCAACAAGCAUUAUUGGUCUUACUAAUCUGGACAGCCUUAUUUUAGAAGGUUGCAAAAGGAUUCAAUCACUUCCAGAGCUUCCAACAAGCAUACAGAUGUUUGCAAAAGAUUGCACGUCCUUGGAAAGAAUUGGUUAUUUACCAAAUUUUUCAAGAUCAAUGCACUUGGGUGUUUUGGGUUGCAGCAAACUAGUUGAGAUACAGGGUUCAUUCAAGUUAGAACCCAUAAGAAGCACUGACAUGGAAAUGAUCAGCAAAGUGGGAUUGUUCGACUUGGCAUCCACGGGGAACAUAAAUGUGGAAAUGGCCAAUGGUCUGACUCACACCCACAGAAAGAGUCCCCUCCAGGUAUUGUGUGAGUGUGACAUAUUGACCACAUUUAUUCCCGGGAGCAAUAUUCCAAACUGGUUUGUCUAUGAUAAUGGUUCUAGGAUAUCUUUGGAAGUGCUUCCACUUCCUGAUCGCAAGAUUCAAGGCUUGAAUAUAUGUGUUGUAUAUAAAUUACGAAGUGAUCAGCAAAAUAUAUUCGGUUAUGAUCAUUAUGCUAAAAUCAGGAAUGAGACUAAAGGUCUAGAAUGGACCUAUAGCCCUGCACUCUGGGGUCUUCCAGGAGCUAAUGAAGAUAUGUUGUGGAUAAGCCAUUGGAAGUUGGGGAUAAAGUGAAUGUUUCAGUCUCCAUGGCAAUAGGAUUUGAGGUAAGGAAGUGUGGAAUCCACCUUGUGUAUGAGCAACACGAGAUGAGUACGCAAUCAAACAAUGAAGAAACAAUGCUACAAACUGUUCCUUUCCAUCAGUCUGACAGUGAUGGGAAUAUAUUGUCACCAUAUCAAGUGGCUUGGGUGAUGUUCCUCUGUCAUCAUGGUGCUAGGCUUUCAUUCUGAGGCCCUGUUUGGAAUGGCUUUUCAAACGCUGCUGCGUCCGGCUUUUUGUGCUCAGAAGCUGAUUUUUGGGGUGCUUGAAUUGUAUGGGUAAAAGAGGUUCAGACUUCAGAGUCUUGGAAGAGUUUUGAGUUGAAGCUGGUGGGAACCAACUUCUGCAGGAAGCAAUUCAUUGAGUUCAUUGCUUUUUUGACUUCAUUCAACAAAGUUCCUUUUUUUUUUUU